AUAUUUCCAAUGGUAACAUUUUGCUUUACAAUUAAAAAGCGUUUAAUGGUUAAGUGAAAAGGAUGCUGUGUUUGUCAGGUAGUGAGGAGAAGAAGGUGAAUGAGUUUCAAAAGAUUGUUGAAGCAAUUAAAGUAGAAGAAGUAGAAUGCUUGAGGAGGUUCAGUGGGAAAGUGUUCAGAUCCCCAACUUUGCUUGAGGAUAUGGUCAAAUGCAUUCUCCUUUGUAACUACCAAAUCCAUCUGGUGGCUUAUGGCUUUCAAAAUGGACAGCAGGGGAAACAGGAUGAGUGAGCAAGGGAAUCAAUUGGGUUAGCUAGUGUUCAUAAUCAACGAGAAGGCAGAAAGGAGGAGACAAUAGAGAGAGGAAAUCCGGCAACUAAACUUGCUAGAACUUCAGUCAACUCUCACAUGUGAGUUUUGC